CUUGUCUGCGACCACCAGGCGCCUAACACCUGUCCGUCAUCAUGCUCGGUGUGCUUGAUCUCGAUGUGCGGCCCAGUGAGGGCUUGGGGAUGUUCGAGAUUGGCUCCUCCCUCUGGACUGUCCUCGACGUCCUUCGCGGUCUCCAACACAUCUUCCCUCAGGUUGACGUCAAGUACGAUCCAGAAUCAACCACCGGCCUCACCCCCGUCGUCCUUCACCUUCGCCCACAUAUAGAUCUCCUCUUCUCCGCCAAGCACCAGCGCCUCCAUACCAUCUGCGUGCGACGCCUGCGCGACAGUGCGCCACCACUCGUCCUGCGCUAUCGGGACAAGGUGCUGUCGGGAAAGGAUGACCUCCUGCGACGAGUCGAUGUCAGUCGAACACUUGGUCCGACAUACCAGGGCGAGGAUCUGCGGUACCCUGGGCUUUGGUUUAGCUUCGAAGACGAUGGCGUGGGUGAGGCGCUCGGCAAGGGCAAGGCGACGGAAGACCGCAAGCAAGAGGUGAAGCGCAUCUUCAUCUCGCAAACACUAGACGAUGGUCAACCGCGCGACGCACUGGAUGAGGUGCUCGAAUGCCCUGCGAUGUACGGUGAUGUGGCGCGCGCGGUGGCACGGGUGCACGAGGGUGUUACCUUGUACUUCUACCCUUCAGACAAACCACCCAUACAUGUGCGCCUACGAGAGACGACCGCGCAGGACCUGGUCGUCGACCUUGGACCACCCCUCCGAACUCAUUACAAGGAAGACGACCGUAUGCGGAUACACUCGUCAAAGAAGACUCCGGAAGAGGACGAAGAGCCAUCUUAUUUCUACAACUACUUCCGAUACGGCAUUGACUUCCUGAUAUCUGGGAAGACGCACGUCGUGGAGAAGAUCGUCCUCCAUACGAACAUUCCUGGCUCGCCCUUGUUCCAGCGAUACAAGCGCUGCAACUGGGAAAUUGAAGGAACUCCAGAAGACGACGAAGACGACACCCCUCCCCGCAAGCGUUUCUACGACCGAUUCGAGACUAUCUCCCACUUCCUCUCCCCUCGCGAGCCCCCGCCCUCCAUGCUCCUCGACCGCACCGACGACGAGGACGGGGUGACCCUGCCCUCCUCCGCAUCACAUUCUGGAGAUCAAGUGUACGGCUACGACGGGAUCGUGCUGGAGGUGUCGGAGGCGUCGCAGGUGCUGUCGGUGAUGUUGUUUUGAGGGGGUGGGGUGGGGUGCGUGGGAUGGGCGAAGGUGGAUGAGGAGGAAGGUUGGGAGAAGUGGGACAGGGAGACGGACAGUGCAACUAU